AUGCCUCGUCAAGCACACGGCCGCCCAGUCGGUCAGACGGCGCCUGCACGACCACCGAAACGGAAACCAACCAAAGGCAGAGGCCUCAAUGCGCUCCAAAUCGCCGAAGAACAAAAUCCCGAUACGUACAAAAUCCGCCAGCACCGCUUGGGAGAGUCCUAUGAGGACGAUGACGAUGCGAACACAAGACAAGAUGCAGACGAGCGGUCGUCUAAGCGCCGGAAGAUCUCACAGCAGGAUGAGCGAGAAAGUGAUAGUGGGUCGGAUCCGGAAGGCGAGAGGUGGCAUGUAGGUGUAGAUGAGGAGGACGAGGAUAGUGACAUUGACAGUGAGGAUGCUUUUGGGGAGAGUGAUGAGGAUCGGUUUGCCGAUUUCUCGUUUCGAGGGAGUACACAAGGAAAGCAGACGAAAAGAAGACCGAAGCGGAAGGCGGCGGAGGACGGGGUGGAGGAAGAGGAAGAGGAAGAGUUUGAUGAUCCAGAUACCAUUGGCGAUAUUGCGGAUGAUUUUGGAGACGAAGGUAUUGAUCUGGCUGCUGCUUGGGAUCAGGACAGUGUCGAGGAAGCGGACCCGCAAGAUGUUCCAAGUACGAAACGGAAACGGAAGACUGUUGAUGGGCCUGUAUUUGGUGAGGAGGGCAGCAGUGAUGAACAGUCAGAGGAUGGCAGCGAAGAAGCUGACGAGAGCUCGGACGAGGGCUCUGAUGAUGACAGCGACGAGUCAGAUGCUGCCACCGAUCCGUCUGACCUCUUCGCCUCCGAUGUCGAGGACGGCGACCACGCCCGCCUGCAGAAUUUCGUCGAGAACCUCUCUCGCAAGACCAACACGCAGAAGGGCAAGGAUGAGGCGCCACACCAGACUGCUAAGAUCUCCGCCGCUGACCUGCUACAAUACGUCAAAGAUCCUCAACAGCGCCAGUCACUCAAGGUCCUACAGAACAGCGAGAUCAAGGGUCCCGAGGUCUACAAAGGCGGAGUACCUGGUCGCCUAGCGCCACCACUAGCAAAGAGACAGCAAGACAAGUUGGACCGUGUUGCUGCGUACGGAGAGAGCAAAAAGGAACUCGACAAGUGGGUUGACACCGUCAAACAGAAUCGUCGAGCCGAGCACAUUUCAUUUCCUCUUGUCGAUCCCUCCGAAGCCGGAUCUCGCAACGAUCGAUUCAUGCCAGUCGGUAGCUCGAAGCCAAUGAGUGGGUUGGAGUCUAAGAUCAGGGACAUCAUGGAGGAGAGUGGAAUCGAUCCGGGUGUUUCGGCGGAUAAGGAGGAGCAAGAGUACGAGGAGCUCGCUGAGCAGAAGCUGUCGCCGGAAGAGGUACAGGCUCGACGGGCGAGACUGCGGAUGGCGAGAGAUCUGAUGUUCAGGGAGGAGAUACGUGCAAAGAGGAUCAAGAAGAUCAAGAGCAAGGCGUACCGUCGCGUUCAUCGUAAGGAGCGUGAUAGGGCAGCUUUAGAGAAGAGAGCGCAGCUUGCAGUCAAUGGUCUGCUAAAUUCUGAUGAUGAGAAAGAAAAGAACGAUAGGCAGCGUGCUGAAGAGCGCAUGGGUGCUAGACAUCGUGAGAGCAAAUGGGCCCGAGCUGCUAAAGCUGCUGGAAAGACUGUCUGGGACAACGAUGCACGCGUUGGUAUCGCUGACAUGUCUCAUCGGGACAAUGAGCUGCGGAAGCGAAUCGAAGGGAAGGCAGGCGAUGAUUCUGAUGACUCAGACUCGGCGUCAGAUGCGUACAGCUCUGAUGAGGCAGAUGAGGAUAUCCAGAAUCGACUUGUGGACGCUCAAGCGGCCGAGCCUGAGGUCGGAAGCUCAAAGUUGGCCAACAUGGCAUUCAUGAAGAAAGCGGAGGCUGGGCGAAAGGCUGCAAAUGACGCGCAGCUGCAAGCUAUCCGAAGAGAAUUGGGUGACGGCGACGAAGGUAUUGCAAACGAUUCUGAUGAUGAUGCAGAGAUUGACGGCGGUCGACAAAGAUUCGGAGCAUCUGCUAGCUCUGCCAGUACAAGCAAGCGUCCGGCGCCGAGCAAGAGGGCUCACCUCGCAGAAUUCGAGGAAUUGAUGUCCGACGACGAAGAUCAGCUAGAUGGCUUCACAAAUGAUGAGACAACUACCGCAGACCUGCGAAAGACUGCCACGAAUGCGGCAUCAGCCGCGAGCACAUCUAAUCAGAGCAGUUCUGGACGUAUGUUGUCCAAGUCUGAAGUGCAGGAGAGCAAAAAGCAACGGAACACUUCAACUCAGCAUAUGACUACCUCACUGUCCACGGCACAGCGAAAUAAUGGCUAUUUGGACGAUGCUUCUGAUGAUGACGGUCCGGACAUCUUUGGAGACGACGCAAACGACGAAGACGAUGUCCGAGACACCGUGUUCGCCGGCCCAAGCGACGUCGCACAAGACUUCGCAAAGGAGAAGCAGCAGCUCAUCGUCGAAGAAGGUGACCAGACCAUCGACAACAGUCUGCCUGGCUGGGGCAGCUGGGGCGGGGUGGGCAUCGGCAAGAAAGCUCAACAGAAAAACAAAGAACGCUUCGUCACAAAAAUCAAAGGUGUCGCUCCCGAAGCUCGAAAGGAUGCUAAGCUCGAGAAGGUCAUAAUCAACGAGAAGCGCAUCAAGAAGAAUGGCAGGUACAUGGCUACUGAGCUGCCGCAUCCGUACGAGUCGAGGUCGCAGUAUGAGAGAGCGAUGCGGCUGCCAUUGGGGCCAGAGUGGACGACUAAGAGCACGUUCCAAGACGCUACUAAGCCUAGGGUGCUGGUUAAGCAGGGUGUGAUUAAGCCGAUGGCUAAGCCGAUGGCACUUCUCGCUGGCGCAGUUCCGUUACUACAACUUCGUCAGUGGCUUGACUAUCUUGCCCCUACACCUUGCGAAGCCGACAAUAGUACCAAUAAGACAGGUUCAGAACUAACAGCGGCACCUGGCCAAUUUGCAGAUGUCUCCGCCCAAGGAACAACCACAGACUCAUUAUAUACUUCGGCAGUCACUAUCGUUGAUCCGUCCCUGAGUCUACACACCAUCGUCUCGACCGAUCUGUCCGACACUCAGACACCGACGACAACCAAUGCGACAGGCAGUGUACCUGAUACGAGUGGUUCGAUCAACACCUCGUUGCAGACAGAGGGCCACCCGCCAAUCCCGCCCGUUACCAAUGUUUCGACGGUAGCAAGCCCAACUCUGCAACCGACCAACACCGAUGGCCAAGUUGUCGUAACGACGAUUCCUGAGUAUCAGACGCAGACAGUCACGCUUCCGCUGACCACGUAUGAGACUGUCAUCACUACUCAGACGGUCGUCACUGUCCCUGUGGAGACCACCGCUGUCAUCACGCAGGUGACUGUUGUUGAGUCGACGUACGAGUCAAAUGGGACGAUCUUGACGACCUCAACUGUGGGUACAACGGCGAUAACGACGACUGGCUCGGUACUAGUCGAGACUACCUUGUCCGCUCUGGUCACGAACACGUCAACUAUCACGACUCAAAUCGUCACCGUUGAUCCGACGUCCCUUAAUCUUCCAUCAGCAAGCUCAGCCUUUAGGUGUGGCGCUCCAAUGGCUUGCGCCACAUCUGGACAGGAUAUGUUUGCACCGAUCAAUAUUGGUGAGCCACCUGCGAAUAUCGGUCGGCGGGCUGGACAUCCUGUUCCACGACUUGGCAUUGUUGGCAUGACUGGCCCCAUCCAGACCAACAAGUUCUAUGCGAAUCUCUUCCUAGGCAGUCAAGGCUUCCCAGCGUUCAUGACACCCUAUACUCUGACAUGGAGCAAAGGGACUGGCAAUGCGAUGAGCUAUGGCAUGGCCAUCUCGCACAUCGAGGCCCAGCAACGAGCAUAUGGCCCUCAGAAUGCACAGAUUCCCGGCCAGCCUGUCUCCUUCUACAUCAAUCCGCUCGGCAUACAGUCGCUUAUCAUCUCCGCAAAAGAGCUCAAACAACAGACCGUACUCAAGUCAAGUGACCUCCAAUUCAUGACUGGUAGAGCACACCUGCUGCCAUUUGAAGGGUCAAGUAACGAGAUUGUGUUUCCUAUGGCACAAGGCUCAGCUUUCGUCACAGCCAUCUUCACCAACCUGAAACCAUGGAUUCAAAGCAGUGUCUUUUUCCGCAGCGUUGCGGCUAGGCCAUCACCCAAGCAAGGCGUCUACAAGUAUCUUCUGACGCUCGAAGACGGCAAAGUCUGGGUGCUCUAUGCUAUCUCCGACUCGGGCAUUGAUCCAAACUUCCAAUUGAUCUCGAGCACUCUUAUGCAGGGUGUUGACAACUGGUCCGGCAUGAUACAAGUGGCGAAAGUGCCCGACCAGAAGUUCGAGGCUCUAUACGACAACUCGACAGGAGCAUAUCCUGCGGCUGGGCAUAUCAGCGGCUUUGCUAAGAAUAGGGUCGGCACAUACACGCUGUCGUGGGACAAGAGUGGUCCUUUCGCUGCGAGCGCACCAUGUCUCAUGUUUGCUUUGCCUCAUCACAUCCAGUCGUUCGUUGCUGCGAGUAGGAAGGCAGUCACAGCACUACAACUCAACACAGUCACGAAAGGCACUGCUACAGCCGUCUCUGCAGACUAUUGGUCGAUGCAGGAGGUCCUGCCAGAGACCAUGGGCUUCGCUCCGUGGCGGCCAGCUCCGGCGACGUUCAAGAAGCUUUCUGCAAGUGCGAUUGCUAAGAUCCAGCCGAUUGCUGCUCUGGAAGCUUCGCAGGAUGUAAUGCAGCAGACCAAUCUGGACAGCAUGUACUGGAGUGGAAAAGCAAUGAGCAAGUUCGCCACUCUCUGCUACACUAUGCAUGAUUUGACUGGCCAACAAGACCUCGCAAAUGCUCUUCUCGUCAAACUCAAGGCCGCAUUCAACGUAUGGGUCCAAAAUAGACAGCCAUAUCCCCUGUUCUACGAUCUUGACUGGAAAGGAAUAGUGUCAUCAGGAAGCUACGUGACAGGCGAUCCUAAUGUUGAUUAUGGGAAUUCGUACUAUAACGACCACCACUUCCAUCAGGGCUACUUCAUCCACGCUGCCGCUGUCAUCGGGUAUCUCGAUCCUUCAUGGAUACCUGCAAACAAAGACUGGGUCAAUGCGUUGGUUCGGGACACCUCAAAUCCCAGCUCCCAAGACCAGUACUUCCCAGUCUUCCGAUCAUUCAGCAUGUACGAUGGCCAUUCCUGGGCUAAAGGCUUGUUUGAGUCUGGUGACGGCAAGGACGAAGAGUCGACCUCCGAGGACGCGAUGUACGCAUAUGCAGUCAAGAUGUGGGGCAAGACCGUCGGUGACAAGUCUAUGGAGUCUCGCGGCAACUUGAUGCUGGCCAUCCUGUCGCGUGCUCUGCGUAACUACUUCCUCAUGGACUCAUCCAAUGCCAAUCAGCCCGCCAAUUUCAUCGCCAACAAGGUAACCGGCAUCCUGUUCGAGAACAAGGCUGAUCAUGUCACCUACUUUGGCACGAACCCAGAGUACGUCCAGGGUAUCCAAAUGAUCCCGCAGAUGCCAUUCUCGCCAUACACUCGCUCAACGAAAUUCGUCAAGGAAGAAUGGGACGCGUACUUUAGUGAUAGCUCGUUCAACCCGGCGAAGAAUGUUAGUGGCGGUUGGAGGGGACUGCUGAUGUCGAAUCUGGCGAUCAUCAAUCCGAUCGACUCGUACAAGUUCUUUACGCAAGCGACGUUUGAUGGUGGAUGGAUCGAUAGUGGGGCGAGUCGGGCGUGGUAUAUUGCUUAUGCUGCUGGGAUGAGUGGUGGAGCGGUCUAA